CUCAGGGCCCAUAAGCUGGAAAAAAAAACCCUGUGGCGCUCCCAUCCCAUAUGCCUCAGCAGCGUCGCUGACCAAGUGUUCGAUAAAAUUCCCGAAAGAGAAAAAAAGCCCCAAAACAAAGCAAAACAUGGGCAGGAGAGGAGGAGCCAAGAGAACGGGAAAUACAGCAUACGGGUCUAACAACACCAUAUCACUGAGAGAAGAAUUGACUGGCAAGAAGCAAACCAAGGGACCCGCCGUCAACGCCAAGUCUGCACUGAAGCUCGAGCACUUGCAGAGACUCGCUGUGUGGGCUGGUGGGGAAGCUUCUGUUCCUUCUCUGGGUGCCUUCUUCGCGCACACGUUGGCCUCUGCUCAGGAGGCUCUGGGCGUACCUCCUGACCCAUCUCUGUUUACUUGCCAGAGAUGUGAAACAAUUCUUCAGCCUGGCUUGAACUGCACUGUUCGAAUUGAGAAAAAUAGAUCAAAGAAACGACGAAAAAGUAAGAAACCAACUAGUUUCUCUCAAAACAAUGUAGUGUAUACAUGCCACUUCUGUUCAUAUCGGAAUUUGAAGAGAGGGACUCCACGUGGACAUAUGAAAGUGAUAUGCCCCACUAAGACCAAAACGACUUCGAAACUGAAACCUGCUAAAUCCAUUUCUAAGAAGUUUGUCAGUUCAAAGAAGAGCAAUGUAGCUGAAGAUGAGGUUAGGAAAGCAAAUGAGAUAGCUGCAUCAGAAAUAAUUCAAGCGAAUGAGAUAGCUUCAUCAGAAAUAACAAGAGAGAUUCAAGCAAAUGAGAUAGCUUCAUCCGAAAUAGCAAGAGAGAUUCAAGGGAAUGAGACAGCUUCAGAAAUAGCAAGAGAGAUUCAAGAGAAUGAGACAGCUUCAUCAGAAAUAGCAAGAGAGAUUCAAGAGAAUGAGACAGCUUCAUCAGAAAUAGCAAGAGAGAUUCAAGAGAAUGAGACAGCCUCAUCAGAAAUAGCAAGAGAAAUUCAAGAGAAUGAGACAGCUUCAUCAGAAAUAGCAAGAGAAAUUCAAGAGAAUGAGACAGCUUCAUCAGAAAUAGCAAGAGAGAAUCGUAUUGUGGAAACUCGGGCAGAUGAAGAUGAGGUUACUAUAGUGAAUGAGAUGGCUUCUUCAGCAAUAGCCGGGGAGAUUCCAACGGUGGACAGUCCUGAAACUCCAAAGGUGAGGACUGGACCUACUUUGUUACUUGGAGGGAAGAGGAGAAAGCGAAACAAAUCGGUGUCCAAGAAACCAGCUGAACCUGAAAACAGUCCUAACCCGACAGAUGCAGAAAACACCGGCAGCAUGUCAAACAAACGGAGGAGAAAGAAGUGGACUAGUUUGAAGGAAAUCGCUGAAAGCAGUGAGCACAAGAACAUCCGAAACAUUAGUGCUUUGACAAUCCCUUUCUUUGUCUAAGGUGCAUAGCUGCAUAUGGCAAGAGGAACCAGUGGAUAACACUUUUGUAGCUUGGCAGUAGAUCAAAUUUUGAAUGAUAUAAAAUAUCCCCUUAUAAUUCCCUUUUGUAUUCA